CAUCUUUUGGUAGUGAAAGGCUUCGGUUCACGAUCCGCAAACUCGUUGCUGCGGGCUAUAAUAACCAAUAAAAGAUAGGACAUAUUUUGUCGUCGGUAGUCGCGCGUCUAGCCACUCGUUUGACUAUCUCUAGCCAAAUCCCUUUCCGUUGUUCGUGCGGGGCCCAUCUUUAAUGGACGGCCGGCCUAUAACGGCAGACUCGAAACAUAAUUAUCCAUUACAACCUCUUUGGACCCGGUCGACUUCAAGUCCUGCCGUGCCGAGACUAAGUUCCUUCUCUCCCACAAAUCCGGAUCCGCUCCUCGCCUCGCAGUAUUUGACAACUCAAGUUGACUGGAUUCCAAUAUUUUUCCCUCAACAGUCGUCACUCUACCAGGCACAGCUUCUUCAAUAUAAUAAGCUCAUAGCGCCAGGACGAGGUGGUGGUCUGCAAACUGCUCCCUUACCGCCGCUAUUGUCGGCUCAGAACGCCCACGUAGGAUCUAGAUCUCGCUCCUCUUCCAAAGUGUCCGGUAAGGAUUCUCGCGCUAGGCAGAGCUCCCAGAAUUGCCAUGCUACUAGAGGCAACCAUAACACCAGCAAAGCCGAUCGCGCGCUUAUAACAGGCAAGGACGCGCCGCCCAAAAUGCCGCCUAAAAAAUCAGAUCUGGCCCAGCCCAUCUCUUUAAGACCGAAGCCGUCUGCUUCGCCUUCGAACCUGCCCGCGCAUUCUAAUUCCGUUCCCUCGACGCCCCAACAGCAUGCGCGCAAAUUUUCCUUCGGGUCUAGAGACCACUCCCCUAAUGCCAACCAUUCCCAUUCCCCUCGAUCCGCAUAUUCCGAGACCAAUGGGGCUGUUCCUUCUUUGCGCCCUUUGCCUCCGCGGCAUGGUGGUUGCAAAUACGAAACUGGUCUAAAACAUUCCCGUCGGAGAAUACCGUAUAGCAUAGGCACAGAUUUGUUGGAGAGAUUGGAUUUACAAACCGUAAAGAGCAAGCUGUCCGAAGAUGACGAGCGGAAACUCACUACAGAUAUGCGUGAGCUCUACGACCGGUUACAGCCGACAGAGAAGGUUGAAGUAAAGAGACGUAUGCUAGUACGAAAGCUUGAGAAGCUCCUCAACGACGCUUGGCCGGGACACGAUAUUCGUGUACACCUAUUUGGUUCCUCGGGCAACCUGCUAUGCUCAGAUGAUUCCGACGUGGAUAUUUGCAUAGUAACUCCGUGGAAGGAGCUUGAGGGCGUCUGCAUGUUGGCAGAGCUGCUGGCAAAACAUGGGAUGGAGAGGGUUGUUUGCGUAUCUUCAGCCAAAGUCCCAAUUGUCAAGAUAUGGGAUCCCGAAUUAGAACUAUCCUGCGACAUGAACGUCAAUAAUACUUUAGCGUUGGAAAAUACCCGCAUGAUUAAGACUUAUGUCCAAAUUGACGACCGCGUGCGGCCUCUCGCCAUGAUAGUGAAGUACUGGACCCGGCGACGAAUUGUUAACGAUGCUGCAUUUGGUGGAACAUUAAGCUCGUAUACGUGGAUAUGCAUGAUCAUCGCAUUUUUACAGCUGCGGCAACCUCCUGUUCUACCCGCACUGCACCAGCGGGCCAACCAGACGCUUUCCGGAAAGGAUGGUGAAAUAGCCUCCUUUUCUGACGACGUGGAUAAACUGCGAGGGUUCGGAAGCAAAAACAAGUCUUCUUUGGGGGAAUUGUUGUUUCAGUUCUUCCGGUUCUAUGCUCACGAGUUUGACUAUAGUACGGAUGUGCUCUCCGUUCGACUGGGGAAAAUCAUUACCAAGAAGGAGAAGAAGUGGCAUUUCGCGUUAAACAACCAGCUUUGUGUUGAGGAACCAUUCAACAUCAACCGAAACCUCGGCAACACGGCCGACGACACCGCAUUUCGAGGCUUACAUCUCGAGCUUCGUCGCGCCUUUGACCUGAUUGCGGAAGGUAAGCUCGAAGAGUGCUGCGCACAAUAUGAAUACCCGAAGGAGGAAGAGAGGAUAUUUCAGAAACCGGCGCAGGUAUCUCGGCCCAUAUUAGUGCGAAGUGCUUCAUCUCAGCAAUCUAACCGCGGAGACCGUGGAGGCCGUGGGAAUGGGUUUCGAAAUGGCAAUAGACAGCAAGGCCAGCAUCGAAAUAAUGGGAACAGCAAUAGUAACAGUCGACGAGCAUCCUCUAGUGUACCUUACGACAACAACGGGAGCCCGAUGUUCAUACCGACUGCUUAUCCAAUGAUGAAUCAAGACGUCCGUAUGUACAUGCAACAACAGCCCGAGUUGAUAGCGCAGCUCAACGCCUUGACAUUACAGGAGAACAACCUCCUAUUUCUCCAGUAUACGCACACGCAGGCAAUUAAUAAUAUGCAGCAUAGUCAAAUGAUGCAAGGCAACGCCCAGCAAACGCAGACCUCAUCAGCAGAGCGUUCUAGGACGAACUCUUUUGAUACCCCUCCUUUGAGCGCUCCUCUUCGCCCUGAGAUGUAUUAUUAUCCAAUGCAGAUUCCACAUGCCUUCUACACACAACAGGGCUUCCCCACGUAUCCAUCGACACCCUCGAACGGACAUGCCGCCGACUUUCGACGAAGUUCGCACCGCUCAACGGCUACCAGCGAUGCUACCCACACCGUCUCUGGAAGCGCCUUAAGGUCACAGUCGCAACCAGCAUCCCGAAGCGCUCCUGGUGGGCCAAGUAGUCGGAUACCUAAUGGGAUUACGAGUAUUCCUGCUCGUCAUCUUAACGGGGUUCCUAUGCCUAGCUUCAUUCCGGAUGAAGGGCAGGAUGCCGAACAAAGUGGAUCGGCGGCGAACACUCCGCCGGAGGAAGAAAAAGGGUACAGUUAUUACGCAGACCCAUCUAGCCCACCGCGGCGAAUAAGUACUGCGGCUAACAGCAUACCUGCAUUUGGUGACCUUGGAUCUCAAUCCUCGAUAGGUCAGAGCCGAGGUCGCCUAUCGUCCGACCAACUGCCUCAGUCAAUACUCGACAGAAUUAAGCAAAAUUCAUCUCGUUCACCUUCACCGCUAGGCCAUAGCACUGUCUAUUCCGCGAACAGGGGUUCUGCUCCUCUUCAUUCUGGGCCAUUUCCUGCGGCUGCUGGAUCGCAGCUUCGCGAGGCAACACCUAUCGUUGUCAACGGCUCUAUGCCAAAAUUAGCAAAUGGCAGCUCGCCCCGACAACCCCCACAGAGCGAGAUUGCACCAACCCAGUACAUCAGCUACGACAACCCACUUCACAUCAACCAGCAUCUAGAUGUCGCUACUUCCACCACCGGGACGCCAUCAAGUCGUAAUACUACUUCUCGAAAAGCGAAUUCGCCAUCAUCGGAUCGACCGGUCGUUGUGAAUGGUUCAUCGAGUGCUUCCGCAGGAAUCACCAGCCAAGUACCGGCGCCUCAAUUUUCUCACGAUAUGGCUAUGAACCAAGCAGGUAGCCAUCCUCAUGCUAUUAAUAUGUCUACAGUGCCAGUCGGAUUUGAUAAUGCGGGCAAUUUUACUGGAUUUAGUGCGCACGCCUUGCAGCGUUUUCCUAUUCGUGCAUCACCGAACGCACUCAUUGCGCAACUCGACCUUGCGACUGAAAAUCGUACACAGACGACCGAAUGCUCUCAUCUUUCACCGGUAUACGAGACUAACAGUCCUUCUCCGAGUUUCGCGCGAAGAUUAGAGUUGCCUUUUGAUCAGGCACCAACAAUACCAGCUACUAUGGCGUAUAGCCAAGCGGACUUGAAAGCUGAACCGACUAAAGCCAAACAAAGGUCUUCAGUCGAGACAUCACCUCGGAUCGAUGGACCGAUACCCGUACACCCGAGAGUAAAUGGCUUAUCAAGAGAAAAUGGGCACGUGCGAGGCGUCAAAAGUGAGAGCGACAACGCUAGUAGCGGAUGGCAGAAAAUGACCAAAGGAAGAAAGAAGGGCAAUGACGCCAAGGCACGAAGCGACGUCUAUCCUCAGAGCGAGCAAUUGCCAAAGAACGAUUCCGAGAGGAAAGGGGGUUGAAUCACUGAUCUGGACGGACUUUGGAUAUGACCCAAAUAACGACUUGACGGGCAUGUGUUGUCUCGGUGCGAAUCUCGUAUUUGAGAUAUCUGGCAGUAUAUUGGACAUGGUUGGAGACCAGGUUAUCUCCACAUGAUUAACAUCUCCAGUCGGGUUGUGCAGGGUCAUGAGCUUCAGUCGUCAGUCUACUCGUCGAGAAUAAUUAUGCUCGCUUACACGAGAAACAACUUAGGACCGUUUGGUAUUUGAGUUGAACCGGCAGGUUUUACGCUUCGCAUCGGGACGAAAUUUCCAUUUGGAUGUGUAAAGACCAGGGCGAGGGAUCAUGAUGAUUGUGUCAUAUGCGUAAUGCCAGGUUAGGUAUGCUAUAUUUGGCUAUCCUAUGAAGCAUGAUGCAUUUUUUUUCAAGGAUACCAACGAAGUGCACGAACGGGGAAAGCUCAUCCAACUAAAAAUUAGUGGUGGGGCGUAUUUCCUUACGAUAUGUAUAUCGCACCAGGGGGUCGGACACCAAAGGAAUACUUGAAAGGAGUCAUAGGGCAUAUAUAUUAGAGCAUCAUCAGGUGUGUUAAGGGGGUUCGCCUUGAUAUCCGCAGAAAAGAUUACGGAAAGGUUUAGGCGGUAGGGUU